AUGUCCUCUGCUCAAGAUUCCGCCACCAAGAUCUCUAUCGAUAGAUUCGAUGGAGACAACUACGCGACGUGGAGCCGCUACAUGCGUGGCGUGUUCCUGACCAAGUCGACGUGGCACGUGGUCAACCGGGAGACCACCCCCACCUUCGCCGAUCCUCGCGCCAGUGACGACUACAUCAAGACGAACAACAUUGCGUUCGGCUUGAUGCUGCUGCACAUAAGCCCGGAUUAUCAUCACGUGGUUGAUGACUGUGAAGAGGCGUGGGUCGCGUGGGCGCGUUUGAAGACGCUGUACGGCGGGUCGCAGAAGGCUGGAAGCAUCUACUUGAAGCGGCAGCUGUUCAGCAUGGAGAUGGCGGAAGGCGGCAAUGUGAUGCAUCAUUGCAACGAAGUCCUCAACAUCAGCGCGAAGCUCAGCAGCAUCGGUGCCAAGAUGGAGGACGAGGACGUGGCGAUCUGCUUGUUGCGCAGCCUCCCCAAGAGCUACGAGAACGUCGUUCUCAACUUGGAGAUGAGCAGCGCGGAACUGCGAUCGCGAGACGUCGUGCGAGUGCUCACGAAUGAGCACAUCAAGAGGCAAGGUGACAAGACGACAUCUGUGAAAACUGAAGAAGCGACCAAGGCCUUCAGUACCGAGCGUGAGGUUCGUCAGUGUACGUUCUGCGGAAAAUUGGGGCACACGGUGGAAAAGUGCUGGACCAAGCAGAAGGAAGACAAUCGGGGAGCUCGACGCGGCGGCAAUGCACGUGGACGCGGAGCGAAUCAAGUUCAGUGGCAAGGCUACAACGGCAACAGCAACUGUGACUAUGAUCGAGUGGCGUUUGCUGUUUCGCUGGAAUGCGGACUUUCAAUGACCAAGAGCAUGUCUGGAAUGUGGGCGAUUGAUAGCGGUGCAACACAUCACAUCUGCUAUGACAAGUCCAAGUUCGAAUUUCUGGACGAGCGCAAUGAAGGCGAAGUGUUGGUUGCAGAUGGGAACAAGGCUGCGAUCAACGGUGUCGGGACAAUCAUCGAAAAGGUGACCCUGUCCAACGGUGAAGAGCGCGAAGUCGAGAUCAAGAACGCGCUUUACGUCCCAAGCAUGAACAAAAACUUGCUUUCGAUACCACAAAUCAACAAAAGCGGCAAGUUUCAAGUGGUGUUUGAUGGUGACGAGAUGAAGAUUUCGCACAAAGGCUCCAAGCAAGUAAUAGCGAUGACCGAUCUUGUGGAUGGCCUCUACUGGCUUCGUACAUCCCAACGAUCGGUGAAUGCGGCUUCAGGACCAAGAGUCGAAAACCUUCAUGCGCGUAUGGGCCACGCACCGAUUGAUGUCUUGUGCAGAAUGGUCUCCUGA